CCCUCCCCCGCCGUCCGGCUCCGGACAUCCCCGGGCCGCCUUGUCGGGACAUCCUGGUCCCAACAACGAUCGGCAAGAUGCUUUGGUGGCCCGGAUCCCCGGGGCCUGGCUUUUCACUCGGGUGCCCUAGCGGGCCGACUGCCUCCGUGGUGUCCCUUUCCCUUCCCCAGCCCUAACUCUGACGGCCGGUCGUUUGGCACCCUCACUAACCCUCUCUUUGGGCCGGGAAAGCGGGACCAGGGCAACCCUCUCCCCUUCGGCUUCUCUCGGCGUCUCCUGUUUCCCUCCCCCGCCCGGAUUUCUCAGGAGAACGCGCCUGGAAAACCCUGGGCUUGGCCGCCCCCGCCCCAGAGCCGGUUCCUGUGUCUGUCGCGGGGUUCUGGCUGGGCAGACGGUGGGGGUGGCGCGCGCUGUUCCGGCAGUCAGGGAAAUGAAAAGUGCGGGAGGCAGCGGCUGGAGUCUCCUCCCUUCCCUUUGGGUCUGUGAGGAGCAGCGCUGUGAGGAGGAAGUCUUCCCCCUGGCCAUGAACUACCUGGAUCGCUACCUGUCCUGCGUCCCCACCCGAAAGGCGCAGUUGCAGCUCCUGGGUGCGGUCUGCAUGCUGCUGGCCUCCAAGCUGCGCGAGACUACGCCCCUGACCAUCGAAAAACUGUGCAUCUACACCGACCACUCCGUCUCUCCCCGCCAGCUGCGGGACUGGGAGGUGCUGGUCCUGGGAAAACUGAAGUGGGACCUGGCUGCUGUGAUUGCCCAUGAUUUCCUGGCCCUGAUUCUGCACCGGCUUUCUCUGCCCCACGACCGACAAGCCUUGGUCAAAAAACAUGCCCAGACCUUUUUGGCCCUCUGUGCUACAGAUUACACCUUCGCCAUGUACCCGCCAUCCAUGAUCGCCACGGGCAGCAUUGGGGCUGCAGUGCAAGGCUUGGGUGCGUGUUCCACGUCUGGGGAUGAGCUCACGGAGCUGCUGGCAGGGAUCACAGGCACCGAGGUGGACUGCCUGCGGGCCUGUCAGGAGCAGAUCGAAGCUGCGCUCAGGGAGAGCCUCCGAGAAGCCGCCCAGACCUCGCCCAGCCCAGCACCCAAAGCCCCCAGGGGCUCCAGUAGCCAGGGGCCCAGCCAGACCAGCACUCCCACAGAUGUCACAGCUAUCCACCUGUAGCCCUGGAGAGGCCCCCUCCAGUGGCCAUGGGCAGCAGAAUAGGGGACACUGCCACCCACCCUCCCUGCCUGCAGGAACGAACCACGCCACAUCCAAAGCCUGAGGGGGCUCCUUCCUAUUUGCCCCUUGCAAAGCCUAAGGGGUUAGGCCCUAAAAUAUCUCUGCAGUGUGCACUAAGGGGCCUGGCCAGCUAUGUGUGGGUGGCUGGCUGGGCUUCUCCUUUUCUCUGCAUCUGACCAGCUCUGCCGCUUCCCUGAUCCUAGCUGGUGGCGGGCCAGGCAGGUUGGAAAUGAAAUUGAAGUAGGUAAAAUACACGUACCAGCAUUUCUUUUUGAGGUGCCCUUAUCUCUGGGCCUCUCACGUUCUCAGAUGCCCACAUGCCCCUAGUGCCUUGUAAAGGUGUCGCACCUUCCAGAGUUCUUUCUGAAGAAGUUUCAGAUACUCUGGUAGACGUGUGUGAGGGGAAACAGUCUGGACAGCUCCUCUUGACACACUUUGGAGGCCCCUGCAUGAUCCAUGCCCACAGCUGCUCCCAGAGGGCUGGCCCAGGCCUCUGUCAGAGGGGCGGGACCAACCAAGCCCUCCUUGGUUUCCGCUUUGCUUUCCGCUCAGCUUCUCCUGUGUGAUUGAGGGGGGCCAGUGCUGAAGGAAGAGGUGGUUUUAAUUUAUUGUUUUGAGGAAAGCUGUAAGAGGGUGUGGUGGGGCCCAUCUACCCCACAGGUGGCAGUAACCCUGGUGGUUGCUGCAGCCCUCCCUUCUACUGGCUGGAGGAUCUUUGUGGCCGAGGAGCUGCUACAGCCUGGGGUGGGGCCAUGCCCUCCUCUCCCUUGGCCCUUUGCCCCAUCCUCUGGGGGUGAGGGAUGGAGCAGGAAUAAACUGGAGGUGACAGCCCCCGUCUGGAGAGGGAGGCAAGCCCUGUUGACACAGGUCUUUCUUAAGGCCACAAGGUCCAGGCUGGUGGCCCAGGACCAUCACGCUACUUAAUAAAGAUUCUGGAAUAAACCUG